AUGAACAAGAUCCUCUCAAGCACUCUUUGCUUUGGACUCCUAACUUUGUCAUCUGUGUUGAUCUUUUUACAAUGUGUGCAUGGACGGCCAUAUCUUACCCAAGGAAAUAAAAUACUUCCAGAUAAAAAUUAUCCAAAUCAUGAGAAACUGUUCCUGGCUCUACUGAAUAAAAAUUUUGAUUUCCAAAGACCUUUCAACACUGAUCUAGCAUUGCCUAACAAACUGGAAGAACUUAACCAGCUGGAAAAGCUAAAAGAACAGCUAGUGGAGAAGGAUUCUGAGACGUCCUAUGCUAUAGAUGGUCUAUUCUCUUCUCAUGCUAGCAAACGAGAUAAGCUUUUAUUUCAAGGUUUUAAGAUUGACUUCCAAAAGAUGAUUUUUGCAGUUAUUUCUGAGAGGAAGAUGAUUCAGUUGGCAUUUCUUAGUCUUAUGGUGGUGAUCAAUAAAAAGGUUCAUAUUAAAAAAAUAAAUUCCGAUAAAAGUGUUACCAUAUAA